CCCCCUCCAAUGCCGGGUCCGAGAACCGAAAGAUCAACUGGUCGCUCAAGGUUCGAGACCUGAAGAUCAGGCUGACUCCUCCGCCUCUUGGGGGGGAAACCAACUUACCGGGCUCGGGAAAAGCGCUCGGGAUGGCUCCCCAAGACUUGGGUAUAUCCUCUGGGUACAACAGGUACGGCCGUUGGAGCCCGCCCAUUCCCAGCUCUCGGGUCCUUUUGUCGACGGGUCAGUCAUCCCAAAGACCGAACCACCUGUGAUAUGCCCACAUACAGGGCGUGCGUGAGGCGUGCUCUCUCCAUCUGCCCUCUUUCUGACCGAGUUUUCCUAAAUGGCUUUCCUCUUCGACAUCGUUGGUCCAAUCAUGAUCCAAUCUGGCCGAAUCCUCAACGAUCGAGGGUGCAGGUUUGUCGUUCUGGAGCGGGCGUGCCCUGUGGGAACCUCCCCUCCGAGCUGUCUCAGUGCCUUUUUGCUGACCGUCUUGCACCGCGGUCUUCUGCGCGAUCGGCGGAUGGGAUUCGUCCACGAUUCGGAUAUCGACGGUGUUGGAAUGAUCACCCACCCUCUUCCACUCGUGGAAAGGGAAUUUGGCGUAUGCUGAUGAUGGUGGUCGCAUGGAAAGACUCACCCCGCGGUCCUCUGCCCAGAAAAUGUGAUCCUGCGGCCGCCGGCUAUAGGGGGAACGUGGUAUCCCGGAAACCUCCGUCCACCUGGACAGGACUCGGAUAUCAACAACGGCAUGAUAUGACCUUGCCGUCUCAAUCGGUCACUCACUCACCUUACCCAGACAGACAGAUGAGUGGCAAGGCCCAAGGACGUUCCGAUACCUCAUGCCGGCAGACCAAGACAACCCGACAAUUCCCCUUGCCGCGAGACGAAACAACCAAACCUCUUCUACCGGGGCUUGAAAUCCAGAGUGCCGAGACUUGGUCUCCUUGUCUUGUCAUGCUGUGGUCUGUACGUCUGGCUGUGUGGUUGUGUGGUUGUCCGGCAGUCUUGCAGUCUCGGAGCCCACUAACCAUGCACGCCUGAGGCCAUUACCACGGGAAUCAUGGGGGACUCACUGAGCCUUGCUCGACCGGGCUUUCCUCGUUCGGCGAGCUCUUCCAGCUGUAGCCCACCGCGACGGCCGACUAUGGCUCGGGCGUGCGAGCCAUGGCCACACCGAAAGAGAACAACCCAGACCCGGAAGUCUCCAGGUACCUUGACGGUGCCUCCUCCAGAAACCCCGGAAAGGGGACCACCCUAUUUUCUCGUCAGUGAACGACAGCGGCGAUCGGUCCUCCUCUGGUGAGUGCGGACCGCAAAGCCCUCAAAGUGAGCCAGUCCUCUCAUAAAGGAUGGCCGUACCGUGUCUAUCGUGAGUGAAGUGACCCUGGGCCAAGGUGAGAGUAAAGCUGCGCCUCGGCGAUCAAGGACGACCACCCCCUUCUCUGCAGCAGAAUGAUCCCCUUUGGUGAAGCGCAUAGACCGAAACAAUACAAUGUCCUUCUGAGUGGAGAGAUUUUGAUAUCAUUUUUCAAGGGAAGGAUGGGCGUCUUCCACAGGAUUCUAAUCGAACAUGCUCCACGCUAUGCCAAUGCAAGGGACAUUUUUUUCGACCUUUCUCUCUCCUGAAUUCAAUCCUUUCAGAGAGUCCCACCCAUAUGCCUAUUUACAAUGACGUCCUCACGUCGAUGCGUAUAUCUCUUGGUCUAUCUCUCCCCAUUAUUUUUGGAUACGAAAUCAGGGUCACAGAGGCCAUUCUCAGUAUUGCCUCGCAGCCUGCUGGCAGGCCUUGAGCUGCUCCAUGUACCAACCGCAAAUGGUCAGGUUCCCUUGGUUUUGGUUCAUGCAGUCGGUGAAGCUCUUGAUGUCGGCCGCGCAGGGGCCCGUGGCCUCGGCGGCCGAGUUCGAUUGACUAUACAGGGCGUUGGGCAUGGCAUCGCCGGUUCGGGCGUAGGCGUCGGUGGGUUGCUGUUGUUGCUCCGCUGGCGCAGAGGAGGAGCCACCGCUGCCGCUGAAGAAGCCACCGAUGGCAUGGCCGAUUGAGGAUCCGACUGCGACGCCACUACAAUUUCACGCACAAGUUAGUCGGUGAAUCCACCAAAAAAAAAAAUCUCUUUUCGCUCU